CUACGGUUAUUUAGUUAAAGCACAUUGUGGCCAUAAUCAUACUCUGAUAGUCCUCUCACAGUGCUUAAAUGUCGGUCAACUUUAUCAGGUUCGAGAUAAUAAUGCAUUAGUACUCGGCCUAUGUCCCUUUCGUUAAAGUAGUUGGGAAAUGUGAGCCCGCCCCCUUUCAGGAGUAAAAGCGAUUAUUUCUCCUCGCGCUGGGAGCGGGUGAGGGAGAGACUCGGCCAGGAUUGUGGGAGCGAACAGAAACAGCCCUCACAACAUCAUCAGCUACAGACGUCCACGGCUUCAACCGUCCUUUCGCCGAGACAUCACUGGAGACCAAGCAGCCAUCCUCACUGUCCUCGAAGACAUUGUCAGACGAGUGAUCAUCUAGUUUUUAUGUCCUUUUAGACACGUACACUUUUCGGCUCCGUUCUUUUUUCGAGUUGCUUUUCUGCCUGUGCUGGAUUUAAGUGCGUCUUUGCGAAGUCCAUCCGACGGCUUCCUGCACGCUCUGUCAUUCAGCCGGACGACACAACCGGAGACUGCCUGUGGUAGCUUGCACUUAUCGGACAGAUUUCAUGCAUAAUAAAGUGUGUAUGCUGGAAUCUUUGAAUUGAUCGCGGCGAUACAAGAGAAGAGAAGAAAGGCAGAAGAAGAGCGAGGGAAGAAAGAAGAGCGAGGGAAGAAGGCAUCAAGUUCUUUAGGGGGAGGAGAGAAGACGAAGACGGGGACGAUGGGGAGGAAAAAGAUUCAGAUCACGCGGAUAAUGGAUGAGCGCAACAGACAGGUGACAUUCACCAAGAGGAAGUUUGGCCUGAUGAAGAAGGCGUACGAGCUGAGCGUGCUGUGUGACUGUGAGAUCGCCCUCAUCAUCUUCAACAGCACCAACAAGCUGUUCCAGUACGCCAGCACAGACAUGGACAAGGUCCUGCUGAAAUACACUGAGUACAAUGAACCGCAUGAGAGCCGGACCAACUCUGACAUUGUGGAGACGUUGAGAAAGAAGGGCCUAAACGGCUGCGACAGCCCUGACCCCGACGCGGACGACUCGGUCGGCCACAGCCCUGAGUCCGAGGACAAGUACAGGAAAAUAAACGAGGACAUUGAUCUGAUGAUCAGCAGACAGAGACUGUGUCAGGGGGUGCCCCCCUCCAACUACGAGAUGCCGGUGUCCAUCCCCGUCAGCAACCAGAACAGUCUCAUCUACAGCCACCCGGGGGGUUCCCUGGGCAACCAUAACCUACUGCCUCUGGCGCAUCAUAUGCAGAGGAACAGCAUGUCCCCUGGUGUCACACACAGACCUCCCAGUGCAGGUGGCCUCAUGGGUUCUGACCUCACCACUGGCGUGGGCACCAGUGCUGGAAACGGCUACGGCAGCCACCACCGUAACUCACCCGGUCUGCUGGUCUCUCCGGGCAGCAUGAACAAGAGCAUGCAGGCCAAGUCUCCUCCCCCAAUGAACCUGGGCAUGAACAACCGAAAACCUGACCUGCGUGUGCUCAUCCCCCCUGGAGCCAAGAACAACAUGCCCUCCAUUUCUGAGGAUGUUGAUCUGCUAUUGAACCAGAGAAUAAACAACUCCCAGUCUGCACAGUCAUUGGCCACCCCUGUGGUUUCUGUAGCAACGCCCACCCUACCAGGGCAAGGAAUGGGCGGUUACCCAUCAGCCAUCUCUACUUCGUAUGGUACUGAAUACUCUCUGAGCAGCGCAGACCUCUCCUCCCUGUCAGGCUUCAACAGUGGUAGUUCCCUCCACCUGGGCUCCAUGAGCGGAUGGCAGCAGCAACACCUCCAGAACAUGCAGCACUCGGCCCUGAGUCAGCUGGGAAAUUGCAAUAGCAAUCACUUAUGUCAGAGUUCAAAUCUGUCCCUGCCUUCUGCCCAAAGCCUGCACAUCAAGUCCGAACCUGUCUCUCCUCCUAGAGAUCGCACCGGCAGCACACCAGGGGGAUACGGUAUCCCGCAGCAACAGAACGCGUCGUCCCGCCAGGACUCGGGUCGCUCCCCCGUCGACAGCCUGAGCAGCUGCAGUAGCUCCCACGAGGGCAGCGACCGCGACGAGCACCGGAACGAGUUCCACUCCCCGCUGGGACUGUCCCGCCCCGCCCUGGAUGAACGCGAGAGCCCGUCGGUCAAACGCGUGCGCCUGUCCGAGGGAUGGGCCACAUGAUAGCCACGCCCACCCCACCCCAAGCCCCACCCCAACCCCC